AGAAGGAAGGCGUAGUGGCGAGGCAGGCAGGGCAAGGCAGGACAGAGGAUUCCGAUGAAAAGAGCCUAGAGGACUGAACACUUUUCUCCCGACAGUGCAGACACCCAACGAGCAGACUUCGGGAUCAAGAUGCACAGGCAGAAGCAGUGGAGUGCGCGAGCCGCCGUCAUGGCCCUGAUGGUGCUCACCGCCAUGGCGGCCGAGGGAGGCAAAUCGGACAAACAAGGCAAGAAGGAGCGCAAGUCGGACUGCGGCGAGUGGCAGUGGAGCGUUUGCGUGGCCAACGAGGGCGACUGCGGCCUGGGAACCCGCGAGGGGACGCGCACCGGCACCGACUGCAAGCAGACCAUCAAGACGCAGCGCUGCAAGAUCCCCUGCAACUGGAAGAAGAAGUUCGGAGGGGAGUGCAAGUACGACUUCCAGGCAUGGGGGGAGUGCGACAUGACCACGGGCAAGAAGAACAGGACGGGCGUGCUGAAGAGGGCGCUCAUGGACGCCACCUGUGCCCCCACGGUCACGGCCAGUAAGCCCUGCGGGAAGAUUCCCAAGGCCAAGCUGCAAGAUGCUAAGAAGCAGAAGAAAGAAGGCAAGAAGCGAGAGCGUGGUCAAAUGGACUAAUGAGGACGAUGAUGAAGACACAGUGGAUGACGAUGACGAGGGGGGCGGAGUCGACUAUGCCCCAUAGGCUGCAGCGGGACAACGCCCGUGCAAAUAAGACUCGUAGUGUUUAUAAUUAGUGUUAUCUAGAAACGAAGACAGUAGAUUUAAUCACUAAAUCAGCACCAAUCCACAGGAUUAUUUUUUCCUCUUCUUUUGCUGCUUUUUAUUUGUUGUUACCUCAAUUUCCCCGAUUUAAAUAAAUAAAUAAAUAAAUAAAUUCAAAAAAAGGGUUUUUAAUCCUAUUAAUUCUCAUUCAAGUUAACAUCCCUUCCAACCAAAACCCCCUUCCUUCGUUUUCGCAGAAUGCAAAUAAAGGAAUAAAAGAAGAUUAUUUUUUUUAUUUUUUUUACAUUUUUAUUUUCAUCCUGAAAGAUUAUGGCACAAUUUUUACCCACUAAAAUGCAUGAAAAAAAUCAUCAUUACCGUUUUACUGUACAGGGGGAGCUGCAGAGGAGAGGGGGGUAAGGAGGGAGGCAUUCGGGUACCUAUGAAACACACGUGUGUACAUUUCCAAUCCUUACAUAUGUCAUAUAGAUUUAUAUAUAUGUGUGUGUGUGUGUAUAUGUAUAUAUAUAUAUAUAUAU